AUGCAGCACCAUGGCCCCUUUGGAUAUCCUACACCCCCGGCCUCGCCGGCCUACGACCAUGUCAAGGCCAGCAACCUCCACCAACAGCCCGCCGUCUUCGCCCCGAGGCCUUUCAACUCCCGGUGCAUGCCCCUGGCUCCCGAGGACCGGUUAGGAAGGCUGCUCGAGGGUAAGCUCCAGCUGACCGAGAUCCUGGGCACCGGAGCUUAUGGCGUCGUCUACCUGGCCAUGGACGUUAAGACGGGCGUCCGCUACGCCGUCAAAUGCCUGAGCAAGUUUGCCCCGGAUGGCUCCCCCCUGGAGCGCCGUCAGGUUGCCUACCAGCAGCGCGAGAUCCGCCUCCACUACCUGGCUUCGGCCCACCCAAACGUCGUGUCCAUGCUCAAGAUUGUCGAUGACCCGGACUGCAUCUAUGUCAUCCUCGAGUACUGCCCCGAAGGCGACCUGUUCCUCAACAUCACCGAGCGUGGCCAGUACGUGGGCAAGGACCAUCUCUCCAAGGACAUCUUCCUCCAGAUCUUGGAUGCCGUCGAGCACUGCCACAAGCUGGGUAUCUACCACCGGGACCUUAAGCCCGAGAACAUCCUGGUCACGGACAAUGGCGAGACGGUCAAGCUCGCCGACUUUGGCCUGGCCACGUCAGAUGACCGCUCCGAGGACUACGGCUGCGGUUCCACCUUUUACAUGAGUCCAGAGUGUCUGGACCCCUCUACCCGCAGGCCUUACUACAUGUGUGCGCCCAACGACGUGUGGUCCUUAGGGGUUAUCCUGGUUAACCUGACUUGUGGACGCAACCCAUGGAAACAUGCCUUGUUCCAGGACUCGACGUACAGAGCCUAUGCCCGGUCGCGCGAUUUCCUCAAGACCAUUCUUCCCCUGUCGGACGAGCUCAACGACAUCCUCGCCCGCAUCUUCAACCCGAGCCCUGAACACAGGAUCACUCUGCCGGAACUUCGGAACCGGAUCAUGGCGUGCUCUUCCUUUACUGUUCCUGCUGUUGCCCCUGCAUCUAUCUCGACGCCCUCAUCGACACCACCUCGCGCCACCGCCGCUACCUUCUCCCCCACCGAAUACGUUGACGAGGACGCCAUUAUCGACGACUACGAGUACGAUUCGCCCCUUUCGCCGGCCUCGACGUCUUCGGAUGAUGGAUCUCUCACCUCGAGUGCCUCCACCCUUGACGACUUGGACGAAGAGUUUAUCCAGGAGCAGCACGAGCUCCCCCAGGACUAUAUUCCCCACAUAUAUGAACCCGAGGAGGUUAGGGACUCGAUGGCUGUCUACCACUCCCAGGAGUUUGUGCCCCAGCACUACACGGGACCGGUUCCUGCCGUCUCUGCCCCCGUGGCUGUACCGCCCGCUCCGCAGACGUUGGCUUGCCAGCCGGCUCCGCCCCGUUCCUUCUUCCCGCUGUGGGAAGUGGUCAAAUACGUUCAACAGGUCCCCGCGACACAACACCCGGCCGCCUUUCAUCAGCAGGUGCACUUCAUGCCUUCAUUCCAGGGCUGCUACUAG